UUGUACCACAGUAUGACAAGACACACGAAGCUAGCCAAUUCUCAGACAUGGUGUGUAUCUGGACCUCACGGUAGUGCACACAUUCCCAGCCCACAUUCCGCUGACCUUUCAGGAUCGUUAACCGAAAUGCAGGCCUAUAAUCAGAUGUUUCUACCAGCUUAUAUCGCUUCAUCCUAUUCACCCAUACAAAUGGCCAACUUACAACAGAACAAUGCUAUGCCUCUGUUUUCGUUCGGAAGGCCUUCCGUCAGCCCUUUCGAUAAUCCCAAAUCUUUGGCGUUUGUUCACUCAAUGCCUCAGGCUCUCCUAGGACAUCCUCUUCCUCAAGUGCAGACUCAGAAUCUGGAGUUCAGCUUGGGAUGUUACCCACCACACCUAAUUCGCUCCCACCCGUAUUCUUUCCUAAGGCGAUCUAAUUCCGCAGUCUCCUCGCAGCAUCCAAAUAUGACUGGCGCAACAGCGGGAGAAAACUCGUCGGCGCAUGCCAACAACCAUUCCACUGAUGGAAGCUUCCGCGAAGUUCAGGAACCCAGUUCACCUAGACCAGAUCACCAGCGCUCCCGCCCCUCAUCGACCAGCUCAAACCAGCCCACAUCCUCGGCAUCAUCCUUCAACGCUACGGGCGUCUCGGAUUCCCCGCCAUGGCAACACGAUGCAGUCAAUGUGGGACCUUGCACCUUACCUCCCACGAGUGUGGAAAUACGUCAUUUUGAUCACUGCAACCCAAACACGGAUCUUCAGAAGAAUACUUCAGAGCACACUGAGACCGAUCAUUCAGUAUCAGAGUUGGCGGCACAGACUGUUGGAGACGAAAAGCGUUUGAAAAUGGAGUACCCCAUCGAUGUGGAUUGUCCAAUGGGUGACCACCCACCUGCUAGUUCGCAGGCUGGAGUUCCCGCUCCUAUGCGGAACCAUGUUAGCCCUUUCUUUCCAAAUCUGGCAGUCCCCUCGAAUACGGGUUUCUCUCAUAGUCCAGUUACUGCUCAUGCUCCUGGUGAUGGAAAUGAGGGACCUGUCUUUGGUGUCAGGAGCGAAGCAACUGUGAGCAAAACACGCCAACAUCAAGCCACUGCUGUUCAACUUACUUUACUUGUAUGUGCAUGUAUUCUCACCCCAUUCUCACCGUCAGAUGCUGGCCUGUUUAUUGUUGGCUCGUCGAUGAACGGUUUCGGCUCGGACGAGAGUGACAUGGAUAUGUGCUUGACAGUGACGUCCCGUGACCUGACACAGAAGAAGGAAGCGUUUGCUGUACUUAGUCAGCUGUUACCUCCCCUCAGGAAAUGCAGUUUCAUCCGAAAUCUUCACCUGAUCCGUGCCAAGGUCCCGAUUCUCAAAUUUCGAGAUACUCUGGCCGGGGUCGAUUGCGACCUAAAUGUGAACAAUGUGGUGGGUAUAUACAAUACGCAUCUGCUUGCCAUGUACACACGAAUUGACUGGCGUGUCCGACCUCUCGGGAUGUUUGUGAAGUACUGGGCCCAACGAAUGGACAUUCACGAUGGAAGUCGUGGACGGUUGUCUACUUACCCUCUCCUUUUGAUGCUUAUUCACUACUUGCAAGCUGGCUGCACACCGCCAAUUCUACCCAAUUUGCAAGCCAAAUAUCCGAAGGUAUUCAACUACGCCCGACCGUUGUGUGAACUGGACAUGCGUUUGGAACUCCCGUGGGGUGAACUACGCUCAAACAACCCGGCCAGUCUCGCUGAACUGUUUGUGGGUUUCAUUCAGUACUACACCAAUGAGUUUGAUUUCACUCGUUGGGCUGUGUCCGUCCGACACGGGGCACCGUUGCCUAUUGAUGUCGCCAUUCGUCGUCUACCUCCACAUGAACAGGCGCAUACGGCUCGAAGCUUCAAGGUUUUUGUCGAGGAACCGUUUUGUCAAAGUAAUGCUGCACGGUCAUUGCACGGUGACGAUGUACUCAACCGCAUACGACAGGCGUUCGUCAAAACCCAUCAAGCUGUUCGAUCCCAACGCCCGCUCGAGUCCAUUUGGGUUAAUCCUUCGACCGAAGGAAGCUGAUCUCACGUCCACGUGACGUGAUUUGGAUACGAAAAUGUGGUUGUCAUACGAUAUAUGAUUCCUUUCUGUCUUUCCAUGUACAGCAUUUUUCCUUAGUCUCUCUCCCCGUAACACAAAAGUGACCCGAAAACCGACCAAAAGAAGUGUUAGUUUUACCGCUGUAUGCCUACAAGUCGAUACUAGUUAAUCUUAACCCUUGCCUGUUUUUAUCGCCGCCACUCCCUUCCCUUUUUCCUAACGUAUCAGCGCGCGUCAGUUGCCUUCUACAGGUAGGCGCAUUUGUUAUUUUCGAGGCAUCUAUUUUCGUGCAUAACUUUAUUCUCUGAUCCACUUGCUUCAGCCUAGUCUCGUAUUAUUCUCGCGACCUUGUUCUUGGUUUUCUAAUAUCCCUUGUUUGUCAUCAUCACACAGCAUCUUUGUUGUUUUCUUUUGUUGAACACUUGAUUCCGCGUAGUCUGGUCACAGACUACACCCCUUAAUUCGUCUUUUUGCCCGAAGGCCAUCCAUUCCCCUCGCUCAAGCAGCUGUUGUUGAAAAAAAUUCACUAACUAUUCACCUCAGCUCUUCCCUUUAUCAGAGUUACCAUCCUUUCCAGCCAACUUUCUUGUGCUUUUUUCCAGCUCAGGUCUAAUUUUGUUAAGUGCAACUCGCUAAUCGAGUUCUGAGACAAAAAAAACAGAUCCACUCUCAGAUGUCGAAUCGGACGGUCCUAUUCAGACUAGCACGUGUAUUUACUUGUGUCUCGUCACACACACACACACACACACAAACAAGCACACUGUACAUCUCUGUCCUUCAUAUAUUUCGCCUCACUCAGUGGUUCUCGGUAGGCUAAUCCACUCGGAUGCCAACAUCUCUUCCAUUCGAAACAUGCCGUUUUUUCGUUUCACACCACCGUUCACUACGUGCUCGUUUUCGCACCUGGUUUUUCGGUUGUAUGGUGAACUAAAUUCCAUACCCUCAUGUUUUCACACUUAUUACAGCAAUAUCAAUUUGGAUUGAAUCGGAC